AUGAAACCAUUCAAUACCGGCAUGCGUCUAGGCAAGAUUGGACGCCGCGCGUCUGCCUUCCCCUUCAGUAAGGCGUUGGCCAGCGAUCCUUGCCCGGCGGAUAGUGUGGCCAUUGUCGAUGUCGGUGGCGGACAAGCGAUACAGGGCCAGAAUACUCUCCAGCAUCAGGUUAGUGUGGUUCCGGGAUUAGUCUUGAUGUACUACGAGCCGCUCCUCCACCGUCCGUUGAGAGAUGUCGAGAAGGAAUGGGCACAUAUUAUUGGCGUGGGGGGAGAUGGCAGCUCUCCUGUAACGCCGUUCCCAUUACAGCUCUCAGACGAAGAAACCCAGCAGGAUGGUGAUCUAUGGGCCCAAGGUGUUGAACUCAUGAAUGCAUUUGUAGACGACACUGGCUGUUUUAACCAUUGGGAUGGUAGGGUUAGCGAUAUAGAUUAG